AUGCCUUAUUCCGAACAUGCGCACUAUGCACCUGUUGGCUCGGCCCUUUCUAUAGCAUCUCAAAUUAGAAACGGCCUAGGAAACUUUAUUAUACCAUUACUUCAUGAUAUGCCUCCUCCCUCGGCUGACUUGCGCGGAAAACAAGCAAUCGUUACAGGUGCCAAUUCUGGUAUUGGGUUUGAAACCGCCAAAUCCUUGGCCAAAUUAGGGGCACGCGUUAUUCUGGCCUGUAGAAACAAAGACAAGGCCGAGAAAGCACGAAACGAUAUCGAGCAAGCUGUGAAAGGUGCGCAAGUUGAGGUUGAAAUCCUAGAUUGUGCGAGCCUUGGGAGCGCCCGUCUGUUUGCGGAGCGGUGGGGUAAACGGAGCUCUUUGACUAUUGACAUCCUUAUCAAUAAUGCUGGUAGAGUUCUCAACACUCGCACCACGACGAUCGACGGAUACGAGGACACCUAUCAAACCAACCACCUCACUCACGCCUUGUUGACCCUCUCUCUACUAAAACUGGGUUACCUUUCGCCAAAUGCGCGGAUCGUAAACGUGUCAUCGAUUUCGUUCUUUUCUUCUCCGCCUUUCGAAGCUCAAAAUACCGAUGCCAGCGACAUGAUCAACCGUUAUGAGGAAGGUGCAGUAUUACCAUGGGAGAUGAUGAUAGCACUUUAUUCCCGAGCCAAAGCCUGCCAAGCUAUCUGGAGCAUGACCUUGCAACGUAAACUACAAGGCGCUGAAAAAUGGAAGGGCAUUGUAGUCCAGGCGUGCCAUCCAGGUAUGGAUCAUAAUUCGGGUACCGUAAAAUCUUCGAUGCUAUCACAACCCGACGGUGCAGGAGGGUCUUCUGGAGCCGCACUCAAUGCAUUUAAAAGCUUUGUAAAUACUUUCGGAAUCUCCAACGGGCAGGGCGCAGUAGUUCCGGUAUGGCUUGCCGUAUCCGAUGAGCCUACCAAACCAGAGCUGCGCGCCACAUAUUUCAUCAUGCAGGAUUUAGAGUCGACGCUGAAUGAUCUAUCAUCGAGCCUUGAAACACUUUCGACCCUGAACGAAGGCGAACCACCGCUUGAGCUUGACACCGAAUCGUCGGAAGCAUUGGUUACUUGGAAGAGCUCUACUCUGAAAAUAUUGGAGAGGCUCGAGAAUGUUCUUAACAGAGAGGCUGCUGCUCUGAGUCUGGCCGAGCGAGCUAGAGUAAUCUCCCUCGCGGCAGUGUUUAUUGGGCAGGAUAACUUUACGAACGAGGCUUGUAGAGCGGUUGCUCAAGGCAAGUCACAGUCUCGUUCAACGACCAGACCCACUGAAGUACUCCAAGGCUGUCUAGGUAGUAUCGAUACUGUCGAUAGAGCUGUGGCCACACGUGUUCUCAACGAUUAUAUCAAACCUUUAUUUCAGGCUUCUGUGCAUCCCGGAGUACACUUGGACACAGGAAGAAUGAAGCAUAACGCCAUUAGUGUGCAGAGUAUGUACGACGAACAGCCCUGGAAGGUAAAGGGAAGUGGUAGCUGGAGCAUUCUUGUAUGGGUAUUAUGGAGUAUUAAUAAAGCUCCUUCGUCACUACUCCGCCGAACUGGAGUUGAUGAACUUCUCUUCAAGUCACUCCGAGGAGCACUUCAGAACCUGACUUCAGAUUCUUCUCCGGAAUUACUUUGUACGGCGAUGCCUUGCUAUCUGACGCUUGUGGACCUUGUUCUACCAAAUGACGACCUCAAUCGCUAUGCUAAAUUGACAGAGCUCAUAACCGAUGUCAUCAUCCCAGGGUGGUUGUAUGCAUCAUCAAGAGUCGAUGUUAUGGUUGCAUCGGUAUCUGCUCUUUCGUUGGUAGUUCAAGCACUGGGUUCAGGCUCCAUAAGAUUUCUCAAGGCUAUUAUCCCCCAACUCACCGAAAACCUGACCCCAAAAGAAUUUUCACCGGUUCAAAAAACAAGAGAACUUCAAAUCGCAAGUGCAAAGUGCAUGCUUCUUGUAACGGUCAAUGCGAGGCCUCGUAUCCCAUAUUGGAGAUAA